AUGCCGCCCAAGGUGGCCGCCAACACGAGAGCGACGCGCUCGCGGUAUUCGAGCCCCCAGCAGCCGACUGCUGCAGACGUGAACGGCAGCGGGAGUGGUGACAGCAGUAGCAGCAGCCAUGGGAACAGCAGCGACACGCGGACAAAUGGCACGACAAAUGCCCAGCGAGCAAUGAUGGCACGCUGGCUGGAGCCGCCGGUGCUGAGCAGGUCGAGCUUCGAGGAGGCCGGCUUUCAGCGGCGCGGUGUGUUUGAGGGCAUGGCUCCGCUGGGCACGCUGCCCAAGGCGUCGGCAGUGGCGAAACGGCUCAACGGCAUGGCAGAGGAGAAGAGCUACCAGCAGAACGAGUCUCCCUUAGGCCGGAACAAUCAGAAGCAGCAGCAGCAGCAGGGGGAACGGGUGCGAGAGCGGGAGGAAUUGGUUCAGGAACAGGAUCAGGAGCAGCAGCUGGAACAGCAGCUACAACAAGAGCGAGACCAGCCAAAGGAAGCGAAAGAGGAAGAAGAGGAGAUGGAGCAGUCGAUGGAGCCAGAGCUGGAGCAGCAGAAAAGGCGUACACCUCAGAGACGCAAGAUCAUCCUCAAACGGCCAUCCAGCGGCAGACACGUCACGACACGUAUCGUUGUGGGUCCUUCUGCGGAUGGGGCGCCCGACGAUGGCGAGGACGAGGCGGACGCAGGCGACAUGACUGCUGCUGUUGGUGAGAACGACAGCGACAGCGACAGCGGCCGUCCUGGCUCUGGGGGUCGUGGCCGAGCUGCUGGUGGGCGACGCUCCAUCAAGGCAGCAGCAGCAGACCGCACGAUCGAUGACAGCGAAGAGGACGCCGGAGAUGCCGAUUACAAGCCACCGUUGCGAGUUGCGGCAGCUCAAGUGCGGGCAGAAGAAGACAAUAACCAGGGCAGGCAGACGACAAAGCGACCGGUUGGCCGUCCGCGGUCUCGACGGUCCUUGGCAGCAGCAGCAGCAGCAGCAGCAGUGGACAAGGCUGAUGAAGUUGUAGCUAUUGCUGCUACAGCUGCUGCUGGCGAUAGCGCUGGCGAUAGCGCUAGAGAUAGCGCCAUUGCAGGCAUUGGUGCUAGCGCUAGCGCUGAUGGUGCAGGCAGUUCUAGUGCUAGUGCUGGUGCGCCCGGUGGUAAUGGCGCUGUGGCAGCAGCAGUCGGGGCCCUAUCUGGCCACAUUGGGGCGAUGCACGGUCACGGCCAUGAAAAUGAUGCCGAUGCGGAGGGCAGCGACGAUGUGAUGGACUCGUACUCGGACGAUAUGACAGACACCGGGUCGGAGUCGGACUCAGACUCGGACGGGGCGAUCAUGUUCAACAGCAUGAACCGGCUGGCUCGGUUCGGGCUCAAGCGGCCGCGGUCGGACAGCAACGCGACAGUGGUGAACAAAGAGGUGACGGACAAGGUGGUGGAGAUGGCGGUGGAUGAGGCGCUGAGUCACAGCCGGUAUCCGACGGCCUUUGCGCUGCGCACGCUGUACGACGAGCAGUCGUCGAACCAGAGCUUCCUGACGAUGGUGGAGGACGUGUUCCAGCAGACGGCCGAUGCGGAGACGCUCAAGACGUUUGCCCGGCUGAUCUACGAGCGCAAGAAGGACGGGCGCAAGGACGAUAAGGGCUAUUACUACUUUGUGCCGCCGAGCACGGAGAGCCAGUCGACACCGCCUCCACGGUCCAAGACGGCGCCGUACGGCCACCUGGUCACGAUGCGGCUGCCUGGCGGAUCUGGCAGUGACGAGACGCACGCGAGCAAGCGGGUGAAACUGACGAGCGAGCCGGCCGAUCCUUGUCCGUCGGGCGAGCCGGCCUUAAUUGUAUUUGGCACGUCGUCUGCGCCUGCUGGCAGCAGCUCUGAUCUGCCCGCGCCAGAUGGCGCUAGCGACAAAACCAGGCCUAAAACUCCUCAGCCCGAGCUGGCAAAGAUAGCAAAGACACACAAGACUGCCAGGACGCCGCAGACGCAGACGCAGCCGGCGGCGCAGACACAGAAGACGCCCAAGACGCCCAAGACGCUGCGGACGCCGAGGACGCCGCAGACGGCCAAGACGGCCAAGACGUCGAUGUCGGCCAAAGCCGUGAAGACGCCCCUCAAGUCCAAGGCUGCUGGCGAGACGCCGACGGGCAGAGCUGUUGGUCGGACACCGUUCAGGACGCCCGGCAACAAGGCGACAGGCAGCACGCGCGGCAGGAUGUCUACAGUCAAGGCGGACGCCAGUACGAAUGCAAAUGGCAUCGCCACACCAUCGUCCCGACACCGGCUGCGCAACCGAUCAGGGUCGAUGGUGAGCUCAGCCUCGUCGCUGUCGCCGACAACGUCGCUGUCGCCGCCCAACCGCACGGUCAGGGAGGACGAGGAGACGAUUGACGGCGAAGCCACAGAGGAGGACAAGGGCGGGUUGGAGCACGAAGCAGGAGGCGGUGACGACGAGAACGGCAAAGACGACAACGAUGGAAAGCCAGAGCGCAGGAGCCGACGAGUCGAGGCGGACCGUCGACGAAGCUCUGCCUUGGUGGCAAUAACACCGGCAGAGAGCAGCGACAAGGGCGAAAAGGCCAGCACGAGCACAGGUGCCAGUGUCAAUGCUGUCAGCAGCAGCAGUAACAGCACAGCCACAGCACCAGCACCAGCACCAGCACCAGCAGCUGCUGUGGAGGAAAAGCCAAAAGGCAAGGCCGGCGGCAAGAAGGGCAAGGCCAAGCCGGGCACGACACCGACGACUGGACCCGGAUCAGGCAGAGCUGCGGCCGCAUCGCACGCCAUGCCUUCUCUGGUAAGCGACACGGUGUCGGUGCGGACGGUGUCAGUGGCCAAGCGCGCGGCGCUGCAGCGGAACGGUGGCGAUGUGCUGUCGCUGGCGCCGAGCAGCAGCCUCAAGGCAGCGUCGGGUUUUGUGAGCCGGGCCAUGGGUGCCGACGAUCUGCGGGAUCUGCAGGAGCGGCGAGCGAGUCUGCGCCGCGAGUCGCGCAACGUGACUAACGGCACGCUGGCCGUCGAGAGCUUUGCGCGUGCGAGUCCGCCGCCGGGCGACGAGACCGAGUCUGAGAGCAGGUCUGCGUCCGUGUCGGCAUCGGUGUCUGUGGCAGCGUCGACGUCAAUGUCCGACGCCGGCUUCGUGCUGCAGACGCCGCAGCCCAAGGGCCAUGGUCAAGGCCAAGGCCAGGCCCAACGACAACUGCGCGCCUCCACGACGACAGCCCGGGCGACUCGCUCGGCGCGCAAGCGGACGUUUGACGAGGUCGACGACAACGACAACGAGAACGAGAACGACGUCUCGCCGUCCAGGGCCGCCUCCUUUGCGGCCGACGAGCCGCCACCACCGCCACCGCCAUCGUCAUCGCGUCUGCAGACGCCCGUGCCCGGCCAGCAGUCGGCUGCCUCUCUCACCGGCGCGUCUGCGCUCGACUCGCGUGGCGGCACGCCCGGACCAAAGCCCAAGAGGCCACGCAUCGGUCCUCGGGUCAAGACUUCGCCGAUGAAGCGCAAGACGGGCACGUCAGCAGGAAUGCCUCGACCGAGCGGAGAGCGCGCAAGUCCUUCGGCAAAUGGCCCUGUGAACAGUCUGGACGAGAACGACGACUACUGUGCCUCAUGCGGCGGCAGCGGUGAGCUGGUCUGCUGUGACGGCUGCACGCGGUCGUUCCACUUCAACUGUGUCGACCCGCCGCUGCAGGAGGGUAGCAAUCUUCCGGAUGAAUGGUUCUGCAACGUAUGCGCGAGCAAACGGAACCCGGCCGCCCUGGGCCACCACCAGGGUGUGCUGGGCCCGCUGCUCAACCUGAUCGAGAAGCAGAACUCGAGCGCGUUCAGUCUUCCGGACCACGUCCGUGACCGCUUUGAAGGCGUCAAGACCGGAGCUGAGGGCGAGUACGAGGACAUUGUGGCGCCAGGGACGAAUCGGGCGAGGAAACGGGGCUACGAGGAGACGCCGGACUUUUUCCGCAUUCGCGAUGCCGAAGGCCGUGCCGUUCUCUGCCACAGCUGCGAUGGCUUCGCUAAGGAGGACCGGCCCAUCAUCCCAUGCGCCUUCUGCAGCUUGUGGUGGCACAUUGACUGUUUGGAUCCGCCGUUGGCAAACCCGCCGGUCUUGCGCAACUGGCGAUGUCCCGCCCACGUGGAUGAUCUCUUGGCCAAGCUGCCGGGGCUGUUGGGACCGGCCCAUCGGUUCCGUAAGAUCAAGGACGCCGCCGUCAUCAAGACCUCCUACUCGCGCGGCCUGGCCAAUAAUGGGUUCAUCGAGCUCAACUCGGACGACGAGUCCGACAGCAACUUUGCGUCUGGUGUCUGCACCUUUGGCCGCGUCCAUCGGAUCAGUGCCAAGGGUGUGAAGCUAGACUUUUUGGAACAGACUCGAAAGGAACGCAAGGGGCAACUCCGACACGCACGAAUCAACCGGCGAAUGCGGCAUCUGGCUGCUGAUGCCACUGAGCAUCGCGAUCCUUCUGCAGGUCUGGCCCUGACAGCACCAUCUUCCACCUUCCUUGCAGAUCGUCGCAGCAUCGACGAAGCUCAGGCUAUCCACAACCUCUCAGCGCUGACGGCCGGCUCCGACAUUCAAGUCGACCGCAGCGGCGAGCUGAUCAACGCUCUUUUGGCACAGGCAGAUCCGACAGCCAUCGCGAUGAUGGCCCAAGGAAGCGCUCUCAACAUCGAGACUGGCUCAACACUGAGCCAAGGCGACCGGACAGCUCUUGCAGCCAUGCGUGCGAGGAUAGACAGGCUUCUCGGCCUGGACGUGGAAGCGCCGGAAAUCGUCAUGGCCGAUGCGUCUGCUGGACGAAAUGAGCCCAUGACAGCCGGCGUCGGUACCAGCAACAGCGACUACGAGCAGCAGCUGCGCGAAAGCGACGAGGCUGCGUCCAAGAGCAGCCCGGAUCAGAUCCAAGAGGUCAUGAGCCUCGUGUCCGAUAAUGGAGACAGCGAUCUGGGCGAAGAGGAUCCCCUGCCGAUUGCCACGCCGUUGACGACGGUGCACGAAGAGUCGGCAGCAGCAGCGGCGGUGUGGCCAGGCGAACAUCACAGCAGCGACUCGGUCGGCCGUCUGUCUACGGGCACCGACCAGGAGAAGAGCCCGAUGCAUGCGGCAGCAGCCAUGGCCACGGCUCUGACACCGUCCCUGGGGCCCUUGAAACCGGCUGCGAAGCCGGACGAGAUUGGCAGCAACGGAGCCAAGACUGUUUGA